UUAAGGGUCCGUUCACACAGACCGGCUCGGAGAGGAGAGCAGAUUUUUAUCACGUUGGAAACAGUGUUUUGAGUGAUUGUAGUAAAGUUUAUUUUUGCAUUUGCACCUUUUUUGUCAUUAAAAAUGCCUGAACGCGCUUCGUGUGAAGUAAUAAAAGGAGCCGACCGGCUCCGCUUGCGUGCUCUUUCUCGCUCGCGCAGCCGAUCGGCUCUGAUUGCGUGCUCUUUCUCGCUUGCGCAGCCUGUCGGCUCCGAUUGCGUGCUCUUUCUCGCUCGCGCAGCCGAUGGGCUCCGAUUGCGUGCUCUUUCUCUAUCGCGUAGCCGAUCGGCUCCGAUUGCGUGCCCGCUGCGGCCGCGCCGACCGCCAUUUUGAUAGCAACAUUUGAACGUAAUAGUUGUGCGUACUUGUACGAAAAGAUGAAUGAUGAAAAAUUAAUAAUACUCGUGUCAAAAUAUGAGUGUUUAUUUGACAUAACCAAGCCAUCAUAUAGCGAUCGGAUAAUGAAAGACAAUGCAUGGGAGGAAAUUAGCAAAUGUCUCGGAAUAAGUGUGACGCAGUGCCAGGAUCGUUGGAAGAAACUGCGAGAUAACUUCAGAAAAGCCUAUUAUAACCGAAAAGGCAAGAGUGGCGAUGGUGCAACUACGUCCAAAUUGAUAAAAUUUGAAAAAGAACUUUCUUUUAUAAUACCAUUUUUUCGCAAUCGAAACCAAAUAUCUAAUGUAACAUUAUCAUCGGAUGAUUCAGAGCCUGGCACACCAAUACCACCACCAUCGACAUCAUCUAAACGUUCGGACCAUUCUGAAGUUGAAUCGCUUGCAAGUACUUCUGGCUCGAAAAAGAGACCACGCUUAAGCAAAGAUGUUGCUACGGUUUUCGAAGAGUAUCUUGAAGAAAAAAGAAAUACUACACCCCGUGACAAGGCAUUACGUAAUUUUUUUUUGUCUAUGUCAGAUACAGUGGAAACAUUCCCAAAAGAAGUCCAAGCACGAAUUAAAAGGCGCGUGUUUAACAUUGUUAAUGAAGCUGAAUUAAGUCUGUAUGAAAAUAGUACAGAUUUGAAUUAUUCUUUGUCUAUAAAUUCACCGCCAUCGACUAAUCAAUCUACUUACCUAGUGUCAAACGAAACCUAUAUUCCUCAAAACUAUCCAGAUCAGACUACUUACGGGUACAAUACCAGCACACAAAAUACAAAAUAAUAAACAAUCAAAAACAAUAAUAAUUAUAAUAAUAAUAAUUAAACACACACAAAUCUGUACUAUUUAAUUACAUUUCAUUAACGUAAAUAAUGCUUAAUAAAUGGAGGGCUGUGAUUUUGUGAUCUAUUUAGAUGUUUGUGUUAUUUAACAUGAUUAGUAUAAGUAAUUUACAUUUCAUUAACGUAAACAAUGCUUAAUAAAUGGAGGGCUGUGAUUUUGUGAUCUAAAUAACAUGAUUAGUAUAAAUAA